CCACUCGGCUUAUUCCUCCGUACUGAGUCAGCGGCCAUGCGCAAAUGAAGGCAGAGGAGGUCCGUGUACAUAAAAUCCCUGGCCGGGGGUCUCCAUUCACUGCCUCCCGGAGGACUCAAAGCAACCACUGGAGCUUUGACUUGCCUUUUUUUUGACUGCGAAUCAAACAAGGAACUCAUAAAAAGCGCCUGGGACCUCCUACGAAUUUAGACAGCGGCGGUGAUGCGGCUGCUCUGUUGCUAACCGCACGCUCAAUUGAAACAUUUCUUCUUUGAAUUGUUUUUUUUUUAACUGUUGCCGGUUCGCCCAGGAUGAAGCUGAAGCCCAACCAGACGAGGACGUACGAUGGCGACGGUUUCAGAAAGCGAGCGGCGUGUUUGUGCUUCAAGAACGAGCGCGAAGAGGAGGUUUUGCUGGUCAGCAGCAGUCGUCAUCCAGAUCAGUGGAUUGUACCCGGAGGAGGGAUGGAGCCUGAGGAGGAGCCCUGUGGAGCGGCGAUGCGCGAGGUCUUUGAGGAGGCUGGCGUCAAAGGCAAACUAGGACGUCUGCUUGGCGUCUUUGAGCAAAACCAAGAUCGAAAACAUCGGACCUACGUUUACGUGCUGACUGUCACCGAGACGUUGGAGGCCUGGGAAGACUCAGUGAACAUUGGUGUGUAUGUGUGCCUGUGCCGGAAGCGGGAGUGGUUCACGGUGGACGAGGCCAUCAAAGUCCUGCAGAGCCACAAGCCUGUGCAUGCCGAGUACUUGCGUAGGCUCCAGCUCAGCUGCUCGCCCACCAACGGCAACUCCAUCCUGGCCAGCCCGCCGACAGCCAACGAUAACUACCCCCACUACAGCGCCACGGCGACCACGCCCUCCACAGGCAGCGUGCUGGCCUCCUCCCGCAGAUAAAACUUCCACGCCGUCCUGACUGAACCUUUUUGUGCAGCUGGCAUGGAAAUGUAAAUAUUCUUGGACCAAAGCCAUCGCAUGAACUCAUGCAGUGCCACCAUGGACACUUUUUUAUCACCAUGACGACGAGCAGCUUUGGACUCUGCUGGCAUGCCUUACAUACUUUGUAUGAAUGUUUGACACACACACACACACACACACACACACACACACACACACACACACACACACACACACACACUGUCUGCUCAAUAAAAGAAUGACAGUGCAGACCUGAGGAUGUCUUUAGUGCAUGAGGACAUCAUCCACUGUUUCCUUUAGUGAAUAACAAAUGUGAUUAAUUAUGGAUACUACCAACGAGUAUUGGGGUCACCGAAAGUAAUAACACAUUAAUACUAUUGCAAAAAUAAAGUUAUAAUUACAGAAAAAAAAUUGUCAUAAUUUUAAGAUUAAAAAUAACUGAACAAAUAAAAGUCAAAUAAAAACUAAACAAAUGUGCAAAAAAUAAAUUAUUUGAGUUUUAAUUACCAGAAUAAAUGUGCAGUUUUAUGUGUGUAAACUUGUACUUUUUAUGUGGGGGGAAAAAAGUAGUAUUUUGAAAAUAAAACUUGAUGAAAUGGAAUUACAUAAAACAAAGCAUUUUUUUAAUUUUUAUUUAAAAUGCACAAAGAGGCCACAUUUUAGUUCAAAUGUUUUGCUUUAAUAUUUGUUGGGAAAUGUAUCAUAAAAGUUAGACUUUAUACUUUUUAACGGUGAUUUGAGUUUUUUCUCAUAAUGUUACAAUGUAGAUUUUUUUUUUUUAAUAUGUUUGUGACCUUAAUAUUCCUUUGUAGUAAAAUGAGACGAAGAAAAGUACUUUUUAUGUGUGUCAGGUCAAAGAUAAGGCGCUACCUGCUGUCUGAAUCGCUACCUCAGCAAAAAAAAAAAAAAAAGGAAACAUUGCUGCUGCUUCUUGUUCAAAUGUAUCCAAAGCGAUGAAGUUCCAAGCUUUCAAACUUUUUCAAGGUCUCGGCGCUAAAAUGUGACACCCUCCCCCCAGUCUUCAUCUUUUAUUUCAUCUUCACUGCACUUUUGGAGUAAAUGUGUUCUUGGUCUUGAAGACAAACUUUAUUCACAAAAUGACUACCACUACUAUUUUAUAUUUCUUUACAAACAGCUGCAGAGCCCACCUGGGCAGAUAUCAGCGGGAGCGUCACAAUGUGAUCAAUAAGUCAAUUGAAGGUGAAAGGCAUAACAGCUUAAUUAUGCAUUCAUUUUUAAAAUUGGAUGCUUUUGAAUGACAAAGUAGAAAAAAAAUCCCUCCUCUUUGACCUCCUGAAACCCAGAAAUAUAUGAAAUAUUGUUAAUCAAAUAUAUAUAUAUAUAUGUAUAUAUAUAUAUAUAUAUAUAUAUAUAUAUAUAUUGAAACAAGCAAAAGUAAUUGGAAAUGGAAAAUGUUAUAAAGACUUGAUUUUAGCGAGAAACACAAAAAUUGCUUGUUUUAUUGGACAUUGCUCAUUAUUCCCAACAACACCUGCUGAUGGCCGCUUGUGAUGCCAAUCUCUCAUUGUCUCGUUUUAAACAAGCGCUGAGCACAAACUAAUGUUUUUUUCCCCAUCAUCUUUGUGGCGCCCUUUUGGGAAUGCUGCAUCCAAAAUUACUGCUGAUUGUCAUUAUUUCUCGUGAAAAAGUAGUUGUACUAAAGUCCUCAUGUCCGUCACAGAGGGCUUUUAUUCAGUACCAACAAGUACUACAUUAUGUUGUAUAGUAGAUUAGAAUUUAACAAUGUUUUAUAGUCUAGUCUGUUGCUGAGAAACACAAAAAGGCAUUUCUGGGUCUCAGGAGGUUAAAACAUUUUUUAGUUUUUUAUACUUGUGCCAAAUUGGACAAAAUGUACUUCAGAUGAAUGUUAAUAAUGUGACGAAAACAAAGUGCAAAACUAAACUUGUGACAAAUGAAUGAUAAACUUCUAUUACGUCACAGAAAAUCAAACCUUUAAAUAUCAAAUAUUGAUGCUGGCCCUCUUGAAAGGAGUUCCUAGUUUUUUGUCACUCAAACCUCAUUUAAGUGUUCUUUUCUGUCAAGUUGAAAAGUUUAAAUGUUUUGGAUUUUCAUUCAACAUGACUGACUAUAAACUGCAAUUAUUGUGUUGGAGAGAGAUGAAAAACAACAUUAAAUUUGGA